GCAAAGUGCAAAGUGCAAACUAACUCCUCAGCCUUUCAAGUUCAAUCCCAAAAAAUUUACAUUUACAGCCCAACACCAAAAAAAUCAUCUUUACAAAUGGACUUUCACAUUUCAACAGAAAAAAGAAAAAACGGUUGGCUAGGAAGGAAAUGAGAGAAGCACUGGUGGUGAUACACUCUUCCCCUACUCCACCACCUCAUCGUCACCACCACCACCGUACCACUGCUAAGCCCAAGCCCAAAUUAAAGCCCAAACAAAAGCCCACUAACUUCACUUCCAUUAAUUCUCAUCACUCUCCACUUCUAUCUACACUACGGUGGGAUUCCACUUCAGGUAACUGUAACAGUCUCAAAUACUAUGCUGAGUUGGCAUCGAAGCUAGCGCAGGACGGGAGAUUCAAUGAUUCGUUGAUGAUCGCGGAGAGCGUUGUGGUAUCGGGAGUGAAUGCCGUUGAAUUCACGUCGUUGUUGAAUGUGAAGCUUGUUUCGAGUGGGAUUGUUCGAUUGCUAAAAGAAGGAAAGGUAGGGAGUGUUAUUGAGCUUCUGAAUGGUGCUCAGCAGCUUGGAAUUGAUCCGUUGAAGUUGCUUGAUGGAGCCGCUAUAAAUGCCCUUUCUCUAGAGUGUAGACGGACUUUGGAAUGUGGUGAAAUAGAGGAAGUUGUGAGCUUGAUGGAAACACUUAAAGGGUGUAGUAUGCCAAUUAAGGAUUUCGUGAGGCCGUCUGAGAUUAUAAGACUUUGUGUCAGCCAAAGAAAGCCAAAUGCAGCAGUAAGGUAUGCACAUAUUUUUCCACAUGUGGACAUUAUGAUCUGUAACAUAAUUCUUGAAUUUGGGAAGAAAGGCGAUUUGGUGUCUGCUCUAACUGUCUUUGAAGCAUCCAAGCAGAACCAGUACGCCCCGAAUUUGUACAUCUACCGCACAAUAAUAGAUGUUUGUGGUCUUUGUGGAGACUACUUGAAGUCCAGGUCCAUAUAUGAGGGGUUAAUCGCUAGCAAGUUUACAGCAAACAUUUAUGUCUUCAACAGCCUCAUGAAUGUAAAUGCCUGCGACUUGAGUUACACCUUGGACAUUUACAAGCAAAUGCAAAAACUAGGGGUUCCAGCUGAUUUGACAUCUUACAAUAUCCUUCUAAAAUCAUGCUGUCUUGCUACAAGAGUUGAUCUGGCCAAAGAAAUUUAUGGGGAGCUAAAGCAUUUAGAAACGGCAGGAGCAUUGAAAUUGGAUGUCUUCACUUAUAGCACUUUAAUCAAGGUAUUUGCAGAUGCAAAAAUGUGGCAGAUGGCGCUUGAAAUAAAAAAAGAUAUGCUAUCGGCUGGUGUCACUCCCAACAUUGUCACUUGGUCUUCAUUGAUCAGUGCCUGUGCCAAUGCCGGCCUGGUAGACCAAGCCAUUCAUCUAUUUGAAGAGAUGCUUCAGGCUGGUUGUGAACCUAAUCCACAUUGUUACAACAUUCUUCUUCAUGCGUGUGUUGAGGCCUGCCAGUAUGAUAGGGCCUUUCGGCUAUUCGGGUCCUGGAAGGAACAUGCGCUGCAGAAGGACAAUUGUGAAGAUUUUGGUAGCAAGACGGACAUUACUAUUGAUCUUCCCCCCACACCUAUGGUUUCUGCUAGUAUACCCACCCGCACUUUUGCUUCAUCUCAUGGACAUUUCUCUACGAGGGUUCCAUUUAGACCUACUACUUCUACCUAUAAUAUUCUGAUGAAGGCCUGCGGGAGUGAUUACUACCGAGCAAAAGCUUUGAUGGAAGAGAUGAAGGAAGUAGGUCUUUCUCCUAACCAUAUAAGCUGGUCUAUUUUGAUUGACAUCUGUGGAGGCUCAGGAAACGUACAGGGUGCUCUGCAGAUUUUGAGGGCCAUGCGAGAUGCUGGUAUUCAACCUGAUGUGGUAACCUACACAACAAUUAUCAAGGUUUGCGUGGAAAAUAAAGAUUUCAAGAGUGCAUUUUCAUUAUUUGCAGCAAUGAAAAGAUAUCAGAUAAAACCAAAUAUGGUCACAUAUAAUACACUUCUUAGAGCUCGUAGCCAAUAUGGAUCUUUGCAGGAAGUACAACAAUGCUUAGCUAUAUAUCAGGAUAUGCGGAAAGCAGGGUAUAAACCCAAUGAUUACUAUCUCAAGCAACUAAUUGAGCAGUGGUGUGAAGGCGUAAUCCAAAAUGGCAAUCAGAGGAAAUACAACUUCAGCACUCGCAAUAGAACCCAUUUAGGGCCUGAAAGUAUGAUUCUCGAGAAAGUUGCAGAACACUUGCAGAAGGAUAAUGCUAGUAUAUCCAUCAAUCUUCGGGGGCUUAGUAAGGUUGAAGCUCGGAUGGUGGUUCUUGCGGUUUUGAGAAUGAUAAGAGAGAAGUACACUGCAGGAGAUUCAGUUAAAGAUGACGUGCAAAUCUUUUUAGGAGUCCAAGAAGUAGGUACACGUGCUGUCAGACAUGAAAAUGUAGUUAAGGAAGCUAUAAUCAAACUUUUGCAACAUGAUCUGGGACUUGAGGUAAUUUCGAUAGCACCUAGAAUUGGAAAUGACAGAAACCAGGAUGGGAUAAACCAUCUGGCCAAGUCUUCAAACAUGGAAGAAAAUGCAGAAAGAGUUAUUUUACGAGCAAAUGUGCACUCUCCAACUAGGAGACCAGUGGUUUUGCAUAAAUUGAGGAUAACUAAGGAAUCAUUGCAAUCCUGGCUUACAAGAAGAUUAGAUGCUCCUGUAGUACAGUGAUAGUGAGAACCAUGUUGUGUAUAGAUUUGUAUGAACUCUUGUUUUUUCUGUAGAGUUCUUUGAUCCUUAUUCUUUCAACAGCUGAAUAGCAUUGUAUACUCGACAACACCACGUGCUGAAAACUCCUUAUUUUACCAUCAAAUGUAAACAAAAGUAACAGAAGAAAAAUAAUUGUUCUUAUUCUUGUGCUCU